CUCCGUCUGGUCUACAUUCUUCUCUCAAUGCACAACCGACGAAGAAGUAUAUUCAGAUUGCUCGGAAAAUCCUUUCAGGAUGGCCGUAUAACAGGACCGCGGAUUGCAUUGGCAACCGCUGCACUUCACACCAUGGAUUCGCAAAAUGGCUUCAUCAUACCAAGUAUAAUCUUGGCCCAAACGGAAACGGACUUCGACAGAACUGAGCUUGAACGUGAACCCGAACGUCAGCUUUUCUUCCCUGUAUUCAGAAUAAAAACGAGCGAUGAGUCUGAGCAUGAGCCUGUACAGCGACGAGCUGUCCCUGCUGAGCGGGGACCUGCUCCCCAACGACGUGUUCUCGCCGAUCAAAGGUAGUGGCCAACCUGAAGCCACCGGGAGCAACACAGGAGCCACCGCGGGAGGCAGUCAACUCCAGCCCGUCGGCAUCGAUCUCACGGGCCCCUUGGAGCUGCCUCCUCUUGGUGAUGAUCCUUUCCCUGAAGCGGAUUGGAUGACAGAAUUCAACCUGUUGGAGUCUCUCAUUGAGAAGACGGCACAGGACAUGAACAUGCCCAACCCGACAACCCUGUCGGACAGCAUGUCUGCCAUGUCCUCGGGCCCCUUCACCCUGGAGUCCACAUUUGGCAUGGACAUGGUGGAGGAGAAGCCCCUGGCAGAGUUUGGGAUCGGCAGCCCCCUCCUGGCCCCAGGGUCGAGCGAGCUGCUCCCUCUGCUGGCCAACGUGAAGGAAGAGCCCAGCCCGCUCCCGGCCCCCAUGAGCUACUCCGACCUGACUCCAGUGGCCACCUCCCUGAGCGGAGCAGACUUCCUCACCACAUCGGCAGUGUCCAGCACAGUGUCCACCCCUCCUGUGUCUGCGCCCUCCUCCCCAAGCCAGCACAGCUUUGCCUCCACUGAGCUGCUUGCAAAGCUUUUGGUUGGACCCACCAGUGAGCCUACCCCACCAUCCAGCCCUGAGUCCUACCUGUCAACGCCCGCGUCAAGUCCCACUGGCCGCAAACGCCACGCUUCAAGUGUGUCUGAUGUUUCGUCCGUCGGACAGCCAGAGGCCAAGAAGUCGCGCAGCCCGCGUACGAAGACCGCCGCUCGCACAGCAGCAGCAGGCUGCCCACGGCAGAAGAAAGAGAAGAAGCGGGACCAGAACAAGAACGCAGCUACGCGCUACCGUGAGAAGAAACGCUCAGAACAGCAAAACCUGCUCUCAGAGCACGAGGGUCUGGAAAAGCGCAACGCUGAGCUAAAGGAAAAGGUUGAUCAAAUGACGAGGGAAAUAAAGUACCUCAAGGACCUCAUGUCUGAGGUGUAUGUCCUGAAGGGACAAAUGUAGGAACAGAGUGAACAAGGACUGACUAAUAUACAAAAGGACUGAAAGCAUUAGUAGACAUGUGAUACUCUGAAGAGUGGCUGUUGACACAAUACUAAGUUUGCUUCAGCAGCUUUGUUAUGCACUGUCCCUCUGACAGAAGACUUUUUGUUGGUCUUCAGUGUAGUGAAGUUACAAGAGAAGAACUUUGUUGUUUAUAGCUUGAUGUGCUUAAAACAGAUGCACCUGUGUUUAAGUGGCCAGACAUUAGUUUAUCAGCCACACAGGUGAUCCGGUGUGUUUCAUUGUUAUGUCAUGAACUAGGGACCCAGUAGGGAAGUGUUUAAAAGUAAAUUCCAUAUAAAGUCCUACUUAUUCUGACUUAGUCUAAAGGUGAACUUAUUUAAAGUGGGAAAGUUGUAGAAGCUGGUGGUGUCUUAUUUUUGUAUGCGUAAGCCGUAACCCCUCUUUUCCAUUGUAAAUAACAUUCCAGUCAAAGAGCUGUCUGUGGUAAGCUGUACUUGAUUUCCCUUUAGAAAUGCUUAUGAUUCCUUUGAUGUCUCCUCUGGUCCAACAGAAAGGACCUCUUCAUUCACACACUUGAAUAAAUAUCUGUAGAUUGUAA